AACUUGAACCGCACGCUUCUCUCUCCUUCGCAGCUCCACCACGUCGAAUGGAUGCAUCAGUCCAAGUCCGACGACCCAUUGCCAGUCCCUCCUUUAUUAUCUUCCUCCCCCAGUCCUUCCCUCCAUGUCUCUGCCCCCCCUUUUUACCAAUUUCAUCUUGAUCGACCGUGUCUUUCCUCAGAGGUGGAACUUCAAUCUCUAGCAUGCAGCACCGCCAACCGUGGACAUUUUAAUAAUAAACUAGACCCUCGUUACACAGACCACUCCUCCGAUCAUCCCGGGGAUCCCGCUUUUCUUUCCUCCGAGUCAGACACGGACUCCCUUGAAGCCUACGACGAACCCUUCCAUACGCAACGACUCCUCUCAUCGCCCCGUGGCCGUGCCCAGAUGAAGCGCAAAGGCCGCACGGUCACCAAACGUCGCUCGAAGCCAUCCCUGACCAUCUCGACGGGCCAGAACGGCUACGCGAGCGAGGGCAUGGAUUCCUCAAUCGAGAUGCGGAAGAGGGAAACCUCCGUUGAAUCCUCUGCUGGCCGCGCCAAUCGUCUUAUGGCGCGUCACAGCUUCACUCUCGACCACGAUCCUCCCAUGACCCCGCAGACUCCCGCCAUGGCGACUACCUCGUUUGCCAACCUGCCUGCGAGCGACCGGAGAAACUUCAUGCUGUUGUGUGUGCUCUAUUUCCUCCAGGGCAUCCCCAUGGGUCUAGCCACCGGGUCCGUCCCCUUCCUGCUCAAGCCUUACCUCUCGUACGGCCAGAUCGGUGUCUUCUCGCUCGCCUCGUAUCCCUACUCGCUCAAGCUCCUGUGGAGUCCGAUCGUCGAUGCCAUUUGGAGCCGCCGUUUUGGUCGACGGAAGAGCUGGAUCACACCGGUGCAAGUUAUCGCGGGUUUGGCCAUGAUCUAUUUGGGCGGGCGCAUUGACGAGAUGAUGGAGGCCGCGGGCGCCAACGGGGGUGCUGGGGUAUGGAAAUUCACCUACUGGUGGUUCCUGUUGGUGUUUUUCUGCGCCACCCAGGACAUCGCCGUGGAUGGAUGGGCCAUCACGCUCAUGUCGCCGCCCAAUAUCUCCUACGCAUCGACCGCGCAGACGGUCGGCCUUACCGCGGGCCACUUCCUCUCUUACACCGUGUUCUUGGCCUUCAACUCCGAAGACUUCGCCAACCGCUGGUUCCGCAGCACUCCGGCCACUGGGGGUCUAUUGUCUCUUGGCACAUACUUGGUCUUCUGGGGAUGGGCGUAUAUCGUGGUGACCACUCUUUUGGCUCUGAUGAAGAAGGAAGACCGGACGCACGAGCGUGAUAGCAUCAGUGAUGUCUACCGCAGUAUGUGGAACGUACUGAAGCUCAAAAACAUUCAUACUAUCAUUUUGGUGCACCUGAUCGCCAAGAUUGGCUUCCAGGCCAACGACGGCGUGACCAGCUUGAAGCUGCUUGACAAAGGAUUCGGCCAGGACAACAUGGCCCUGGUUGUGCUGAUAGACUUUCCUUUUGAAAUCGGACUGGGCUACUAUGCAGGCAAGUGGUCGACCGAGUACACGCCAAUGCGUCUCUGGUGCUGGGCGUUUAUGGGACGGCUGGCCGCGGCUGUCUUGGCUCAGCUUACGGUGAUGAUCUUCCCCGCCGGCGACGCGGUGCCGUUCUGGUAUCUGUUGACGGUGAUCGGAGAGCAUAUCUUUUCGACGUUUAUGAACACGGUGAUGUUUGUGGCGGUCUCUGCGUUCCAUGCGCGCAUUGCCGACCCUAGCAUUGGAGGCACUUACAUGACUAUGCUGGCAACGGUCUCGAAUCUUGGCGGUACAUUCCCGCGGUACUUUAUCCUCAAGCUGGUGGACAUGUUCACGGAGGCGACUUGUGUGCCUCCGACGGUACCUCCAAGCGCCGAGGCUCUCAAGGGCGAGCUGAUCACACAACCCUUUUCGUGUGCGCUGGAGCCCGACCGCAAUUUGUGUGUCAAUGGAGGUGGCACAUGCAACAUUACCCACGACGGCUACUACACGACGAACAUUCUGUGUGUGCUGAUUGGGGUGGUAACUUUCGUGUUCUUCAUCAAACCGGCUGUACUCAAGCUGCAGGGAUUACCGUUACGAGCGUGGAGAUUAACCCCCGGGCGGCAAUAGACGACCAGGUGUAGCUAGCUCUUAGGCCUAGGAAGAUAUGUAUUAAUAGAAUCAGCCUCCAGGGGUC